UCAGCAAGGACACACGAGUGUAUGACUGGCCUGAACCUGAAAGAGGUUUUAACAAGCUAUCUCCAGCUUUCUGUUUAUCUUGAAGAGGAAAUCAUCUUUCAUCCAAUAUGAAAUCCAGUGUCCUGGGGCUGUUUUCACUGACUCUUCUGGGAUUUGUCUGCGCACAGAUCUCAGAAAAGGCAUCCAUCACUCAUUACACCACCAUCACUCCCAUGGCCAAGACUAAGACAAACAACAACAACAACAACAACAACAACAACAACAACAACGACAACAACAACACUACCAGCAACACCUCAGGAGCCAAUGCCACCAUGUCCAAUACCACCACCAGCACCAGCACCAUGACCGGGACCAGACCCACAAUGAUGACGGGCAAUGGCGGCACAAAUUACAUGACCAUCAUGACAACAAAGAGCGGACAGAGCCACGUCUUCACCUCUGUCAGUCUGCUGUUUGGGUCUUUCGUUCUUCAAGCACUUUGGCAGUGAGCGCCCUCCUGAGGCUCAGAGAUGGAGUGAGUCUUACACUGCACAGUCCUGCUUCACACUGCCUUGCAAAUCUCAUGUUACUGUAGAGUGUUUGCUGUAGAGGAAAUAGAUUUUCAGUUGUUUUGUGUUUACAAAAAAUGUGGUUUACGAGAUUAUGAAAUGAUUAACGAGUCACAGUGACAGAGUCAGCUUAUUAAUUAACCAACAGACAACAACUUAGACAGGUCGGUAUCAGACCCUGCAUUGAUAAGCGAUGGAAAAAGCGGCAGCCCAUGAAUCAUAAUGAGUUUAGGCAUGUUUGUUUGUAUUAGAGAAUGGCAUAUCCUAAACCAUAUUUACAUUUUAUAUAUACUGUAGGCCUAUUAAUUGUCUUGUGUGCAAUUAUUUAUUCAAUCAAAUAUAUUUCAAGUAUAUGAAUAUAAUAUAAAUUAAUAAACAUAUUGUAAUUUUUGUCUACAUUUCACACUGUAUAGUAGUUGUGUAGAUUUUUGAAGCAACCGUUUUUGUGUGUGUGUGUGUGUGUCUUACUAUAAUUAUUCAUACACAGUAGUACAAGUGGUAAUGUGAGUAUUUGCUUUAUAUUUUUUAUAUUUAA